AUGUGGCGUAAGCUGCGCUUGACCGUACUUGGUCGGUCUAUAACAUUGCCACAAACUAAAGAUCAAAAGAAGGAGAAAAAGAGAAUCGCAGAACGUAAAAGGAUGGAAAAUAUAAGAAAAGAUCCAGACAAGUAUGCUCUGUGGAAAUUAAAAAUGAAAGAAACAUAUUUGAAAAGAAAGAGAGAAGGUAAAAUCACAUCAGUACAGAAUUUGACACCGAAACAACAAAAAUUAGCUAGGAAGAAAAGCAGAGAAAGUACUCGAAGAUGGUAUGCUAAAAAGAAAUUAUUAAAAGAACGUGAUAUUCAUUCAGAAGAGGUAAUAAUUGACGAAUGUGAUCCAGCAGACGAUACCGAAAUAAAUGAUCCUUUAGAUUUGAAAUUACCAUCAUCUCCAGAAGUUUCGAUUAUACCAAGAUCUCCGGAUAUUCCCAGCUCAUCACAGGUAUUAACUCAGUUUUCACCACAUUCUGCACGUAUAACAAGAUCAACAAUUAGACAAAAGAGGACACUUGGAAUUGAUUUGAACCUAACAGAAAAUGAAACCGAUAUCUCAUCCAAUGCUGACGUCCAUUCGAGAAUAAUAUCGCCUUCACCAAAUACUUCGAUAUCAGAUUCACCAAGGACUCCCAGCCCACAAAGUAGCAUCGCAUCGUCUCCACGACGUAUCGUCAGCCCAAAAGUUUAUAAAAAAGCUGCACGGGAAACACCUCUUAAAAAGAAAUCGCCUUGGAAACAUAUUUUACGAAAGUUUCAAUAUAGAUAUACUAAAGAAAUACAAUUGAAAGACCAAAAAAUUCUGGAACUUAAAAGAGUAAAUGAAAAUUACCGGAAAAAGAUAAAACGGUUAGAAAAAGAUAAACGGGUAACAGACGUGCAUAAAAGACAAAAGGAAAAUCUAUCUGGGAAUGAAAAAAUACAGAUUGUUGUUGAACCCUGUGCUACCGGAAUUAAAGAAAAUGUCACUAUGUAUUUUGAAGAAGAUGAAAACAGUAGAAUGAGCGCGGGAAAAAAAGAAUUUGUCACCAAAGGAAAAAUAAGAAAACAGAAGCGAUAUCUUAGCGACAGCUUGCAGAAUCUACGUAAAAAGUAUCUUGAAACCAAUCCUCAAUACAAAAUAACCUCUCAACUGUGA